CGCGCUUGCCAAGUUGCAGCUGACGACAGGGCGGCCAUGUAUGACGCUACAGGGGUUUCUACAAACCGGCUGAAUAGACACCCAUAUAUAGAGGCGGGAAAAUAAAAUAUAUGGAAUCAGAACGCCAGCACGUCGUUUCUUUUGCCAUUUGCUUUCCCGUCUCCCCGGUAGCGCAUGGUUUGAUACGGCUUCUACCACAUGGACAGCUCUUUCGCCAAGAGUUUCGACUCAACCGUCUGUCUCGUUUCCCGCUGCGAGAUAUAGUCCGCCGGUAUAUAUAUAAAUACCGCCAGAGUUACCUCACCUGGCAGUGUUUCUCCAUCUACCAGAGUCCGUUUGUCUAGCAGCAGGAGCGGACAGCGGAAUCAGAAGCAUAUAGUCAUCAUGUCUGCCAGCAAGCUCGGCCGGACCCUGGCAAAGGCCGUGGGGAUCGAUGUUGACUAUAGAAAGGAGCCCCGGGAAUCGAUGCGCACAGCUGCCGAGUCCAUACGGUCUCUGGAGCAUUUUGACGAAGAUGAGCCAUCGGCAAAGGAGUGGUUGAGGAACCAUUCGCCUACGGUGAAGGGCACGGUCGACUACUUCAACUCUCUCUUUCCCUUCUGGAACUGGAUCUUCCAUUAUAACACUCAGUGGCUCAUAGGCGAUAUCAUCGCCGGUAAGCUGUUUCCGCCGUUCCUUUGAAUUAUCUAUACACAGGCAUACUAAUGGUGUAGGUGUCACCGUUGGCUUCGUUGUCGUGCCUCAGGGCAUGGCUUAUGCCCUUCUCGCCAGACUCCCCCCUGAAUAUGGACUAUACACCUCUUUCGUCGGUUUCAUCCUCUACUGGGCCUUCGCCACCUCGAAGGAUAUCACGAUAGGAGUAAGUAGACGCACACCAACCGCCUCGAUUAAGCCAGUUCAUCAAUUGCAGAAUAAAACCUAACAUGACUCCAGACCGUCGCAGUCAUGUCUACCAUCGUUGGCAACAUUGUCACCAAAGUCCAGGCGAAGGAGCCUGAUAUUUCAGCCCCUACUAUUGCGAGAGCCCUCUCCCUCAUCGCCGGUGGGUUCCUGCUCUUCAUUGGUCUUACCAGACUUGGCUGGAUAGUUGAGUUUAUCCCCUUGGUUGCCAUCACCUCCUUCAUGACUGGUGCCGCCAUCUCUAUUGGUGUCGGCCAGAUUCCGGCCAUGAUGGGCCUCAAGGAGGUCAACAACAGGGAGUCAACGUACAAGGUCUUUAUCAAUGUCCUCAAGAAUUUGGGCCAUACCAGACUUGAUGCUGCCAUGGGCCUGAGUGCUCUCGUUGUUCUCUAUGUCAUUCGCUUCUUCUGCAACUAUAUGUCCCAGAGACAACCCAAUAGACGCAAGAUGUGGUUCUUCAUCUCUACCCUGAGAAUGACCUUUGUCAUCUUGCUCUAUACCAUGAUCAGCUGGCUCGUCAAUAGACAUGUCAAGGAUUACAAGAAGGCUAAGUUCAAGAUUCUCGGGCCUGUUCCGAAAGGUUUCCAACAUGCUGGUGUCCCCGAGAUUGAGGCAAGAUUAGUGAAGGCCUUUGCCCCCGAUCUACCAGCAACAAUCAUCGUACUCAUCAUCGAGCACAUCGCCAUCUCCAAGUCAUUUGGCAGAAUCAACAACUAUGUCAUCAACCCAUCCCAGGAACUCGUCGCUAUAGGUUUUACCAACCUCUUCGGCCCCUUCUUGGGUGCUUAUCCUGCCACUGGAUCCUUCUCCCGAACAGCUAUUAAAUCGAAGGCUGGUGUCCGCACUCCUCUGGCUGGCAUCUUCACUGCCGUCAUUGUUCUUCUAGCCCUCUAUGCCCUUACCUCUGUCUUCUUUUACAUUCCCCUUGCUAGUUUAUCUGGCCUCAUUAUCCACGCUGUUGGUGACUUGAUUACGCCUCCCAACGUCGUCUACCAGUUCUGGGAAGUCUCACCACUCGAAGUAUUUAUCUUCUUCGGAGGUGUGCUGCUCACCAUCUUUACCGAGAUUGAGAACGGCAUUUACCUCACCAUUGCUGCCUCUGCUGCUCUGCUGAUCUAUCGCAUUGCCAAAGCGAAGGGAACUUUCCUCGGCCAGGUCAAGGUGUAUCGAGUCACCAAGGACGACAGCCUAAGGAAGAGCGACAAGUUCGGUGAAGAUGCCAAGUUGAACUCUCGGGAGGCUUUCCUCCCAGUCGAACACCAGGACGGCUCGAACCCGCUGAUUGAGGCCCAAUCUCCUCAUCCAGGUGUCUUUAUCUACCGGUUCAAUGAAGGCUUCACAUAUCCCAAUGAAGGUCGCUACCUGCACCACCUGACAGAGUACAUCUUCAAGGUUACCAGACGCACCCAGCUCGACACCUUCGCUAAGCUCGGGGAUCGACCAUGGAAUGACCCCGGUCCACGACGUAGUGAAGCUGUUAAUGUUCACGAUGCCCGCCCCAUUCUCCGGGCCAUUAUUCUAGAUUUCUCCUCCGUUAAUCACGUCGACGUGUCCUCCAUCCAGGGCCUAAUCGACGUCCGUAACCAGCUCGACCGUUAUGCUGCUCCAGAGAUAGUAGAAUGGCACUUCGCCUGCAUCUCCAAUCGCUGGACCAAACGCGCCCUCGCCUCCGCUGGCUUUGGCUAUCCGUCUCCCAAGUCUCCUGAGCUUCUCGGGAACUGGCGACCUAUCUUCAGUGUUGCUGCCGUGGGAGCUGAGGAAGUCGUAAAUGACAAGCCUGGUACAUCUCAUCGAGCCAACGCAUCGUCUAACCCCGCUGCUCCCUCAGAUGACCUGGAGAUUGGACACGCUCCAUCCUCUGAUGAGGGUGAGUACGAGGAUGAGAAGACCAAUACUCAGAUUAUAACCAACCAGGUCAACUCUUCCUCGCACGCUCUACCCCGGCGGGUCGGUAAUGUACACAGCAUCAACCGUCCUUUCUUCCACAUUGAUAUUCAGGCUGCUGUCGAGAGCACUCUACUCAACAUCGAGACCAGGACUGCUUCUGCCAAAAACUCUUCAGCGCCCAGUGUCACUAAGGGCUUUGUCGAGUAA